UUCAUUUGACUGUUAAGAGGUUUGGGGGUGUAGGGAGGCUGUGACAUUAAAGUUCAGAGAGCAGGACAAGACAAAUCAAAGGUAGGUAGUAUUUAGCAUCGUGGCCCACAAUUGGCAGGAUGAUCCAAGAGUUGGCAGAUAUUUGCUCCCCUGCUUAUUGUAAAGACACUAGUGCUGCUUUUUGACUGUAACACCAGUGAUACUCUAGUUACACCCUUAUGUUAUGCUAGGGAAAUUGUGUUUCCAUAGCUAGGGCUGACAGUGUAGAAUUGUGAAGAGCAUAGCCCAAAGGCCGACAGAUGUUGAUAUUGAGUAAUUUCAUGAAAAUGUGUACUUUCUUUAUGAAACACUAUUUUCCACCACCAUGCUAGAGUAGCUAAUGCUACUUCCUGGUGUUGCGCCCUGCGUUCAGCCAGGGGUAAUCAACACGCUGCUGCAACCUGAUUGGCUGAAUGCUAUACGCAACAUCCGAGACUAGCAUUCCUAGGCAUUAGCCACUCUAGCAUGGGUGUGGAAAAUGGUGUUUCAUAAAGAAAGUAUGCAUAUUUUCCCCGUUUAUUUUCUCGCCUUCUCACCAUACAAUUUAGUUAAGGAGGAAAUCAACACCUUUGCAGCCUGAAUGGAGAAUGUUUUAUGUACAAACCAGUCCACGGGGGCACGAAUGUAUAGCCGGCUGCAUGCACUCCCUUUGGACGGUAAGAAGAAACAACUCAAUAUCGUCAUCUGCCAGCCUUUGGGCUAUGAGGAGCAGAAUCAACAACCUCUGCAUAAUCAAAACAGUUGUUUUGUGAGAAGAUGUUGAACUUCACAGUUAGCCAUUGUUAUGUAAAGGACAGCUGAAAAGUACCAGUGGCCCCAAGUGAGAGCAGGUCCCCUGGAGCCAUGGCCCAGUGAGAUACGCCAGCCCGCAUAGAUGGAAACAGAAAAGUCUGAGCCUUUUGUGUAAAACACUGGGGUAAAUUCUGUAUGGAAAUGCACCAUAAGACAAAUCAAUAAAGCAGUAGCUUCACAAAAAGGGGUGUUUUUCUAUGCAGGGACGAUGAGCUUAGGUUAGCCUAUAUUAAGCACUUGUUUUUAUAGCACAAUGAAUAACAAGUGUGUUGAUUACGCAUAGCCUAAACACCAAAUGGGAGUAGUGGGCAUCAUUUAUCCAUGACUGAGAAUGUUGUGUUAGCUGAGAGGUCAACUGUGCAUGCAGAUUUGUAUUUUAGAGAAAACAGAAUAGGGCUACGGGGUCAAUUAAGUCAAUGAAAUGAAAUAAAUUGUAUUAAAUCUAGUUGAGUUGCUCCAGUAGGCCUAUAUGUAACAUCCCCAGACUGGAAGUGUCUGGUGAGACUAUUACUAUUUUUCACGCGAGAAAAAAAGUUCUUAUAUCAAAAUUAGCCAGACGGUGGCAGCAUUUCAAGCUUUAACGCGAAAUUGGAGCUCCUGGCGCACCAAGUAAAUAGAACCCCAAAAAACACACAUCUCAUCUAUGUCAUCACUAUCACGAUUUAAAUACCCAUACUCCAACCUAAACGUGAUUCCCACAGUAUGACAAGCGAUUCAAAUUAUUUUGUUGAAAAACUAUCUAUGUGCAUGUGUGCAUAGAAACACAACUAACACAGUUCCACCUGGGAGAUCAAAUGCUUUAAAUUGCAGGCUUGUUGAUGAACCAUGAGUAGAAAGUAGAAAGAAUAUAGAGGUCGGAUACGCAGUUCUCUGUUGGACAGGGAGAGUGAUACCCAAGCGCGCAAAAUAUAUCAUAACGCACGGUUAUUUAAAAGUAGGGCGAUGCUUAUUUAGCGAUUGAGGCGCUCCAUGACAUGCACUGCAGUCUCACAACAAUACGAAUAGUGCUCAGCUACAUAUUGUGCAUUUGAUAAAGAAUAAACAUUCACAGUUUCCCACACUAUACAUGGUAGGCCUAUUGUAUUUCACAGCAAAAAAACUAAAACAAAUGUAAUCCUCUAUAUUAUGCAUCGAUGCUGAAGGCUAUGCGCGUCUCUGCCAAAAUGAUCAGAGUGCAAUGCAAGAGGCAACACCUAGCCUAUUUAUGCUAUGUAGAACGCCUGCAUUUGGACACUUACUCGGUUAUUACAUCGUUACAAUGUAGCGGAAGGAGGCGUUAAUUGGCUAUUUUGAUACAUUUACCCUACGUUUCAGUGAUAUCUGCUGUACUAUAUGUACAUGGAAAGGAAAAACGGGUAAUAUAGUAGGCGGGUUUAAAAGAACGAGAAGGGAAGGGUAUGGCUGCGGAGUCGGGUCCCGUUUACCAGCUGUUCGUUCAUUCCACCAAUGAGUUGGGCAGAAUUGGCUAGAUUGACAGGCACGCCUUUCCAACGUUGCGCUGCCUUUUAUGAGUGUGUAGUUUUCUUCUACUUUUUACUGCAAGCCAGAACUGGAUGUAAUAACGUCACAUGUUGUUUUUCUCUCCAGCGCAAUCACGGUGGUGUUAUUUGGUGCUUAACUGUUGCAGACAGCGGGAGGGAAUACCUGUGUCGGGUAAUGGAAUAAUUAAAGCGGAUUUACAUUAGUUUUUUUCGGUGCUUUGGAAAAUAGCACAAACAACUUCUCUAAAAGUAAGUAAAGCGUGCGCAUCAGAAUGGCGAGUCCUCCAACGAGUGGAGGACAGAUGUUGUCUAAUGUGACCAAUAACAGUAAUAACAUUAAGAAAUGUGGAUAUCUAAAGAAACAGAAGCAUGGACACAGACGUUUUUUCGUGUUGAGAGAACCCAGCGAGAGCUUUCCUGCCCGGCUGGAAUACUACGAGAGCGAGAAGAAGUGGAAAAACAAGUCGGCUGCUAAAAGGGUGAUACUGCUGGACUCAUGUCUUUGCAUAAACAAGCGAGCUGACUCCAAGCACAAACACCUCAUCGCCUUUUACACCAAGGACGAAUACUUUGCAGUGGCAGCCGAAAACGAGCAGGAGCAGGAGAGCUGGUUUCGAGUGUUGUCGGAUAUGAUCGAAGAGGGGAAAGUCUAUGACAGCCCAACGUCUAAUUCCACCUCUCUUUUCUGUUUCGAGGAGGCGAAUUACGGUAUGAUCACGCCAACCACUGCCUUUCACAAGGAGGUAUGGCAAGUGAAUUUGAAGUCCAGGGGACUGGGUCAAACAAAACAUUUGAUAGGGGUGUUUAGGCUGUGUUUAUCCAGUCGGACUAUCAGCUUUGUGAAACUGAACUCGAAGGUUGCGGCUGUCAGUUUACAGCUCAUGAAUAUCCGGAGAUGUGGCCACUCUGACAGCUUUUUCUUCAUCGAGGUUGGUAGGUCGGCUGUCACUGGCCCCGGUGAGCUCUGGAUGCAGGCUGACGACUCGGUGGUUGCGCAAAACAUCCACGAAACCAUCCUGGAGGCGAUGAAAGCCAUGAAAGAGCUGUCAGAAUUCAGACCUCGCAGUAAGAGUCAGUCGGCAAGAACCAACCCCAUUUCAGUGCCCACAAGACGCAACUGGAAUAAUCUUCCCCCAAGUCAGACAGGGUUGGUGAGGAGGUCGAGAACAAACAGCAUAGUGGCCACAUCCCCAAUGAGCAAGUUCACAUCUUGUCGGAUAAGAACUGCUAAUGGGGGGGAUGGCAGCAUGGUCAGGCCAGUGUCUAUGUCAAUAUCUAUGAGCGGGAGUCCCACCAGUCCCCUCUCCAACCGGAUCCCCCUAAGCCGGUCAAGUACGCUCUCCAGCGGACGCAUUUGCCGGAUACUGGAGUCCAGCCUCCAGCACAGCCGCUCCUUGCCCGUCUCCAACAACCCCCCCUCAGUCUGCAGUUCCAUCUGCCUCUCUCCCAUGAGUGGGACCCUCCCCACCCCUGAUGCGGUCCACCGCCACUUCAGCUGCAGCACCUCCAUCUCAGGCUCCCUCAGUGACGCAAACUUUAUGCUAUGCGACGAGUACAGCUCCAGCCCAGGCGACACCUCCAGGCUCCUACCCCUCACCAGGAGUGACACCCACGACUCCCUCUCCAGCACUCCCCCCUCCUGGGAGGCCAACGACCUGUGUGGCUACAUGAUUAUGGACAGGACGAAUGACCAACAGCGGGCGUGCCAGGAGGAGGACCUGACAUCGCAGAAGGCGUACAGGAAGAGGUCAUACUCUCUCACCACACCACGCCAACACAGGGUGCCCGCUCAGCUGUCGUCUGCCUCGUUGGAUGAGUACACCCUAUUGUGGGCUGCCCACCACAACAACAGCGGGCACCACUCCAGAAACCGCUCCAUCUCCGCCUCCCCAAAGAGAGGCGAAUCCAACGGUAACCUAGGAGGGGACGAUGGCUAUAUGCCUAUGAUGACGGGUGUAGCAGCGCCGCCCGGGGGAAACAACAGCAAGGCAGACGCUUACAUGCCCAUGAGCCCCAUGUGUGUCUCGGCUCCCAAGCAGAUCAUCAACCCCGGGGCCCAAAUCCACCAGGACGGGGGCGGCUACCGGACCAACUCACCCAGCAGUGGAGGCUCCUUGGAGGACAGCGGCUACAUGAGGAUGUGGUGCAGCUCUAAGUCGUCCAUUGAAAGCCCUGACAGCCGCUCGACCUACAUGAACAUGUCCCCUAGCAACGCUGCUUACACCACCUCGCAGACCUCCCCGGACUACUUCCUGGAGCAGCUUCUGGGUGGUGAGCCUUCCAUCUACUCCGCAGACUCCCUGCCGCGCCCCACCAAACUCCACCAGACUUCCAAGGAGGUGGGGGACACUAAUGACCAAUACGUCCUGAUGAGCCCCCAAGGCCAUCCGUCGCUAGGUGGGGAGUCAGACGACUACUACUCAGUGAUGACCAAUGCGGCCACGCUCAACUCCUCGGUGCCCUCAGCCAUCAGACAGAGCCGGGGAACUGAGAGCCUGACGUCCCACCAGGGGAGGAUGGGGCGACCCAACCGGCUGUCUCUCGACAGCUUUAGGAUCCUGCCCAGCAUGAACGAGCACCUCUUGCCCGGGGAACCUAGGAGCCCGGGCGAGUAUAUCAACAUAGACUUCAGUGAGAGCACCAAGUACUCCUCUCUGUCAGCAUCCAAUGAGAGCCAGGAGUCGUCUCCGGGCUCCAUCGGCAGCCAGCCGAGGUCCCCUCUCUCCGACUACGUGAACCUGCACCACAUCGUCUCGCACUCACCCAAGGCCGGAGACACCCCUGCCGGACGGUUAGACACGGUCCCUGAGUUAUCCCUGUGCCCUUGUCUGGAUGGGGAGGGAGUGUACCAUCUCCGAUCGAAGAGCGAUUCCAAGUGCCCCCUGAGAGGCAAGGAUGAGUACACCGAGAUGACAUUUGGACUUGGAAUGGCCAACAAGCCUCCCCAGUUCGUCCCUCAGACCUCAGCAAGCCCCAGUGCCAGAGAGAAGAGGCUUUCCCUGGGUGAGCAGAGCCUCCCGGUGGGCAUUGGGGUAUUCCUCCUUGGCGCCGUCAACCCCGUGGAUCCUGACAAGGCCGCCAAGGUGAUCCGGGCCGACCCCCAUGGGCGCAGGCGGCACAGCUCCGAAACCUUCUCCUCUACGGCUACCGUCACCCCUGUGUUCCCCUCGUUCGCUCAUGGGAAUGCCAAACGCCACAGCUCGGUGGAGAACCUGUCGGUGCGGAGCAGCGAGGGCUCAGACGAGGAGAGUGACAGCCCCAUGAUUAGAGAGAACUCUGCGGGCUUCCAGAAUGGACUGAACUAUAUUGCCCUGAACCUAAUGGAGAACCGGGACAGGGACAUGGAGGGACCUUGUUGUGAAGACCUGCCCAUGGUCAGCUUUAAGCCGGCCACCAGCUGCAAGGGAGCCCUCCAUGGAUUACACGUCGCGCCGUAUGUCUGUUUGGGGUUCAAGGAGGCGGCAACCACUGUCAAAGACUGAACAGGACAGUGGAUGAUCCAAGCCCUCAUCAUCCAUGCUCUGAGAUGGACAGUCAUACAUUGGGGGCGGCUGAGACAACCUGCUGCUGUAAAUUAACUCGAGAAGUAAGGCUGUGCCUCAUGUGACCCAACAAACACCCCCACCAUGGCUAACUCCCUUGCCCAUGGAUGGGAAUCCUAACACUGGUGCUGUCCCACUCUGUACUAAAAAGGAAAUGGGGCCAGAGGCUCCUGUAUAUGGGGGACCUCUGUAUGUGUCUAGAGGCUAUAUUUCUGGCUCUGUUUAUCUGUUUUGAAUUUUCCCUCUGGUUUUUGGUUUUGUCUCAUGGACUGUGAGUAGCCUGUCUGUUGACCCACAAGACAGCACAUGUAAGGCACAGUACAUGUACUUACACCCUCCUCAAAAGAUUUGUCAACACCCCCCCAACACACACACACACACACAGCAUGCAUAUAUUAUUUAUUUACUUACAUGAGUAUGGAUGGGUCGACGUUUGUGUGUGUAAAAACAGAAACCAUGAUAGUUUCAGUAACACAUUCGCUAGCAAACCAUUUAAAAUACUCCAAUCCCUACCUCAGAAAGAGCAAGGCCGCAUACUGAGUAAUGUAUAGAUAUAUUUAGGUUGUAUUUAUUUUGUAAUGUUUCAUAAAGACCAGCCCAAUGCCUUACUGUCUUUAAUGUAUUUGUAAGGCACAACAAAGACAAUCUGAUUUAUUCUUCUGAUAUUAAAGUAUUUUCUUAAUUCUAAUUUCAUGCUAUAUGAUACUAUUUAAGAGCAUUUAUUACUAGUUCCAGUUAUGAGGUGAGAAAUACAUAUUAAUGUAGUAAGGAUGCAAAGAUGUUGGUCUGUGUACUUCCUAGUAGUAGUCAGAACUUCAACUAACCCAAGCAUUUACUGUAUUUGCAAUGCAUUACCCAUAUCCCUAGCUGUAACCUGAUUACAUGAUAGAACAUCUCAAUGAUUUAGUUUUGGGGGUAGAACGACACGAUUUGGAGUCAUGGGGAUUGCCACAGUCACUGCUGGUGUAAGCAUGAGGAGUACAUAGUGCCAGGGUACUGUUCAUUAGGCAUCAAACGGAUGAAAAUGAACUGAAACAAGGGAAGACUACUUGGACUUAGAAAUGUUUGGUGCCCCAUAAUGAAUUGUGCCCCAGUUUUCUCACACAUUUCUCACAACUCAUUAGAUUGUAACACACUAGCGACACAUCUGAAUGUAGUAGAGCACUUGAUGUAGUAGAAACGACAAUUGAAAAUUAAGUGGGAGACAUUUAUCAAACUGUAUUAUUUAAUAUGUACUACACUUAUGAAGUAUUUUCUCUGCAGGCUUUUUUGUGUAGAUUAUGUACAUAAGAGUUUAUCUGAAAUAGGAUGUAGAUAGUGAAGAUAAAUUUAGUCAUGUUGCAAUGAAAUUACUAAACAAUGUAAAGAAAAUAUUUUUGAAAAUUAUGUUUUUGGAUUGCAAUGUAUGCCUUUACCCCCUCACAUUUACUUGUGAAUAAGUCUAUAAUAUUUAAAAAUAGAAUUACCUUCGGUAUAUUUAGUUAUCUUUGCCUUGUUGACAACACUUUACCCAUAUGGCAUAUUCAAUAGUGAAACACAUUAACUUAGUUUGUAACCAAAUGUACACAUUGUGUUGAUAUAUAUUUUAAGUUUUUGAAGAAAGGAAACUAUUUUGCUCGUUGUAUAUCUCUUUCUACCUACUUUUGAUGCUAUUUUUUGUCACUGGAAACAUAUAGUGUAUAUAUAUUCAACAGUGCGCUCACUUUUAGUGUAUAUCUACUGUUUCUUACUCGAAGAUUGAAAUAUGAACUAUAUUGAGAUGGCACAGAUUGAACAUGUCUUCCAUUGUACAUACUUCAUAAAAACUGAUUGUGAUGCUCUAAAGAGAAUUUUAAUUGUAUUAGUCAGUAUCACCAACGAACACUUUUUUUGUGUCUCAAAUGUCUAUGUAGUGUACUACUUUUGAUCAUGGCCCAUUGGGCUCUGGUCAAAAAGUAGUGCACUAUGUAGGAAAUAAAGUGGCAUUUGGGACUGAGUGGACAAACUCAUGUAAUGAAAAGAGAGAACCCUCCCUCCCAUCAGGAUA